ACGAAGUCUGAUUGAUGACGUGUACAGGAAAUGUAGACAUAUUCCAAAAGCAGACAGAUAUUUUAGCUUUUAUUUCCCCUAUUUAAGAUAGUUUAAUCGGACGAAGUUAUGCAAACGUGGAGUCUCGUAUCACUUUGUGUGUUGCUUGGUCUUGCUGUGAGAUGGGGCGUUUCGUUAAACUCAUAUUCGGGGGCGGGGACACCUCCCAUGUUCGGCGACUAUGAGGCUCAAAGGCACUGGCAAGAAGUGACAUACAACCUCCCUGUCCAGGAAUGGUACUUUAACACCACUAAGAAUGACUUGAACUACUGGGGUAUUGACUACCCUCCUUUGACUGCCUACCACAGCCUGAUCUGUGCUUUUGUAGCUAAGACUAUAAACCCUGAGUGGGUGAAGCUUCACAAAUCCAGAGGUUAUGAGAGUCCAGCGCACAAGUUAUUCAUGAGAGCUACAGUCCUGGUGGCAGAUUUGUUGAUAUACAUCCCUGCUGUGGUUUUAUAUUGUUUGUAUCUGACUGAGGGAUCCUCAAAGAAAAAGGUUUCUACUCUGCUCUGCUUCCUUUUAUACCCUGGCCUCAUUCUUGUUGACUAUGGGCAUUUCCAGUACAAUGGAGUGAGUUUGGGCUUUGCCCUGUGGGGGGUUCUGGCUCUGGGUCUGGGCUGGGAUGCCUUGGGCUCCGUGGCCUUUUGCCUGGCUCUCAGCUACAAACAGAUGGAGCUGUACCAUGCUCUGCCCUUCUUCUGCUACCUGCUGGGGAAGAGUGUCAAACUGGGCCUGAUGGGGCGAGGGCUGUACCUGUUUGUGAGAAUUGCUUUGACAGUGUUGGUGACUUUUGCCCUCUGCUGGCUGCCCUUCCUGUCUGACCCCGGUCAGGCCAUGCAGGUGGUCAGGAGGAUCUUUCCCGUGGCCCGCGGUCUGUUUGAGGAUAAGGUGGCCAACACAUGGUGCAGCUUGAGCGUCCUGAUAAAGAUCAGAUCCAUUCUGUCCAGUGACUCCCAGAUGUACCUCAGUUUUGCCUGCACUCUUCUGGCAGUCCUGCCUUCCUGCGUGAGACUUCUGAUGAAGCCCACCUUCUGGCAGUUUAAACUGGCAUUGGCUAAUUCCUCUCUGGCGUUCUUCCUCUUCUCCUAUCAAGUCCACGAGAAGUCCAUCCUCUUAGCAGCUUUGCCUGCCUGCCUCCUGCUGAAUGACCUCCCCUUAAUGGCUAUUUGGUUCCUGCAUGCCUCUACAUUCAGCAUGCUGCCCUUGUUUCUGAAGGACGGUCUGCUGGUGCCCUUUGCUGUGACCUCACUGGGCUUCCUCUACUUCAGCAUCUAUCUUCUGUCUGCACUGGAGCGCUGCUCAGAGGAAGAGCUGAGACUGGGAGGCUACCACAAGCUGUUAUUCUGGCUUCCCAAGCUGGACCUAGCAUGGAUUGUAAGAUGGAAGUUCUACGUCAGCGUCUCAGUGAUGGCCGGGCUGAGCAUUGCAACUGUAGCUCUGGUUCCUCCACCGCAUCUACCCGACUUGUUUCCCGUGCUGGUGUCUAUCACUUCUUUUAGUCACUUCUUGGGAACAUUUAUAUAUUUCAACAUUGUCCAGUUCAGCGAGCCACCCAGCAGGAAGAGCCAGAAGAAGAACAACUGAAUGAGGCCAAAGGCAGUGAUGUACAUGGCAAAAUGUUGUUUAGCAAAUUGCUGCUAAAAGCUUCAGGGAAGCCAGUAUUACAUUAAAAGGUGUUUAAAUGUGCCGUUACGUCCCCCUCUGCAAGAAGCAUAAAUGCUGCAAUCAUAAGUCUUUUAAAUGAUGAUUGAUUAAGUCAUUUUCAAGCAAAGUGCAAAACAUUUGAUAUUUCCAGCAACACAAAUACUGUAUGAGAGGAUUUUCAGUUCUUUUUCUGGUUUCAUUGUCAAUUGAAUAUCUUUGGGGUUUAAGCUGUUGCUCUGACAAAAAUGGGAUUGGAUGGAAUCACCUUGGGCUUUAAGAAAUUGUGACAUUUAACAGUUUUCCAAACUUUUAUAGACAAAAUAUAGUAUUGAUUAGAUCAUCUGCAAACAAAUUGUUAAGAAAAUAAUCAUUAGUGGUAGUCUGAAUGUGAUGUAGCAGACUUCAAAGUCAGUAUUCUACAAAAUCAGAGGACCUGUGACAUCAGUACAAAGUAGACGAAAUAAAUUCAAGAAAUGAGUCCCCUCUGUUACAAACCUUGAUUUGUUUUGGUUUAUUGGACUGACCACUAGUGCUAGCUUAUUACACAAGUACCAAUAUACAAGCUUUGUGCAGCCUACACAUUUGACUUCAAAUAGCUCUAUGCCUGUAUGCUCAAGCUACGGGGGUGGCCACAAUAACAGGAACACCUGUUGUAAUGUUCAGUAAUUGUAAAGACCAACAUGGGGAGAGGUGUUGAUUUAAUUUUCCAGUAACUUUUUGAAGCCAUGGUGGUGCUGGCCUUAAUGAUUUUGUAAGGUGUUUGUCUUAUUUUGUCUACCCUCAGUUCCUCAUCCGGGUACUGUGAUUAAAACACAUUCCUGGCCCGACUGGACUCCGGUCGAGCAGUGACUGUUAAACAUUAUUCAUGUGAACAUUUCUUUACGGUUUUCUAUUGUAUAUUUCCAUCUAUCAUUGAAGUUCUUUUGUACAAACUUCGUUUUUGUGAAAAUAAAUAACAUUUCUCAAUGACCUAAA